AUGGAGGCGUCGGAGGUUCCCGUAGCAACAGUGACUCAGCGCAGCCAAAAGAGUCUAGAGAGCCAAGUUGGUCGUAUCUACGAAAGCUUCGCCAAACUUCCCCCGGACGCCCAAUUUCGAAUGUUGGAACUUAAGCGUGAGAAUCACAUAGAUUACCUAAAAGGAGGUCUCAGACAACUCCCAAGCUCCUUCUGCGGUUUGUAUGCCCUUCGACCGUGGGUUUGCUUUUGGAAUUUGCACUCAUUGGCUUUACUAGGAGAGUCUGUUGACGCCCAAUUGCAAAACAACAUCAUUGAUUUCCUUAGCCGUUGUCAGGACCCAAAUGGUGGUUAUGGUGGCGGACCUGGACAGAUGCCACAUCUUGCAACAACUUAUGCUGCAGUCUGUUCACUCAUUACUCUGGGUGGUCAUAAAGCUCUUUCGUCAAUUAAUAGAAGUGAAAUGUACAUGUUUCUACGACAAAUGAAACACCCAAGUGGCGGCUUCAGGAUUCAUGAUGGUGGAGAAAUUGAUGUCCGGGCCUGCUAUGCUGCAAUUUCUGUAGCAAGUAUUUUGAACAUUUUGGAUGAUGAACUCGUGCAGAAUGUUGGAAACUACAUCUUGAGUUGUCAGACUUAUGAAGGUGGCAUUUCUGCGGAACCUGGUACUGAAGCUCAUGGCGGGUACACCUUCUGUGGGGUGGCAACGAUGAUUAUGAUCAAUCAGGUCAAUCAACUGGACUUGCCGAAACUAAUUGAUUGGUUGGUAUUUCAACAAGGGAAGGAGUGCGGAUUUAAGGGGAGGACUAAUAAAUUGGUUGAUUGCUGCUACUCCUUCUGGCAGGGAGGUACUUUUGCAUUACUACAAAGAGCAUGUUCAACUAUUGAUCAAGAACUGGUGAUCCCUGUUGGGGGCAAAAGUUUUGAAGUAAAUUUCAAUGAUAUUGGUCAUAAUUUUGUCAAGAGAAGGGUAGAAAUGGAGCCACUUUUUGAUGGACGUGCAUUGCAGCUAUACAUACUUUUAUGCUCACAGGAGGAGAAUGGUGGAUUAAAAGACAAACCUGGGAAAUCCAGAGACUUCUAUCACACGUGUUAUGCUCUAAGUGGUCUUUCUGUAAGUCAACAUAUCUGGUCGGAUGAUGAGUCUCUACAGAUGCCGAGAGCAGUGUUGGGUCCCUAUUCCAAUUUGUUGGAACCAAUCCAUCCCCUCUUCAAUGUUGUCUUAGAACGCUAUCAUGAAGCGAGGGACUUCUUUACAACAUUCUGA